GCCAGUCUCCACACACCCGCCGCCGCGCGCGCACGCCAGUCGCAUACGCACCCAGUUUUUCGCGGUUUUCCACCCAUUCAAACCCAGUGAGUGCCUGAAGCUAUUCAGUGAAGUGAAAUCUGCCUGUACCGUGUUGUUGAUUGAUAGAUGUCCGAGAUUAUUGUUGGAUAACGCAUGUGCGGAUUCGACGGGAGCUUAAUGCGACCAGCGCACACUGAUGUAUGACACCCGCAUGCGAGGAUGCGUGAGGAGGAGCUGGAGGUGGCGCUGAAGGUGGUGAUCGUUGGCGAUGGAGGGGUCGGCAAGAGCAGCAUGAUCCAGCGGUACUGCCGAGGGACCUUCACGAGGGAUUACAAGAAGACGAUUGGGGUUGACUUCUUAGAGAGACAAAUCGAGAUCGAUGGCGAGGAGGUGCGGCUCAUGCUGUGGGACACGGCGGGGCAGGAGGAGUUCGACGCCAUCACGAAGGCGUACUAUCGCGGCGCGCAUGCGUGCGUGCUCGCCUUCUCGACUACAGACCGGGAUUCCUUCCUCGCGCUGCACUCGUGGAAGCUCAAGGUAGAGAAUGAAUGCGGAGAAAUCCCAACUAUCAUAGUUCAAAAUAAAAUAGAUCUAAUGGACCAGUGCGUCGUUGGACCAGAUGAAGCAGAGCUAGUGGCUCGAGCGCUAGGCUGCCGGCUGAUGCGAGCGUCAGUGAAAGAAGACGUGAACGUCGGCGCCGUGUUCCGCGCGCUGGCGGCGCGCUGCCUCGCCGACCAGCGGCGCGACGAGGAGGACGUGCCGCCCUGCGCCGUCAGCACGCCCGUCAUAGGCAACUUCACGAACCUGAGCAGCAACGGCACAAUCCUGCUGCGGCCGGUGAAGGCGCGGCCCGGCGGCAAAAAGAAGAACGUACUCAGGAACGCUUGCCGGAUACUUUAACUGACCAACAUACCCUACGGCUGUGGGCUGGAUGAGAGCGGGCAGCGCAUGCGCGGGGUCAUGACCCUCCCCCGUGGAACCUAGCUUGCCCAUACAAAUUACCCUGCCCUGCCUGGGGCACACACACACACACACAUUGACCACGUGACCGCCGAAGAAGACGAAGGAUUCGCCCUUGGGGCAGCGAUGGCGACGAUUACAAUAUAAUGUAAUGAUUGUCCUCGAGAGAGCGGUCACAAGGCACCUAAACACCUCGUGGGACGCUUGAGUCUGCCAUGUCUCCUGGCAUCUUGGGUUUUUAUACCUAUUAUGCAAGGGGCCUUUGCUGGUGCCACAUGGAAAGCAAAGAUCUAACUCUGCAAUUAAACAUUCGUGUAUCGAGGCAAAUAGGGACAAGUCAAGUCAGGAAAACAGCACUGACAAGUCAAGUCAGGAAACAGCAGCACAAGUCAAGUCAGGAACGAAUGACAUUGAGUAGGUAUACUAGAUGACGAUGUACCCGCGCCAUAUAAUUUUAUAGUGCUGUGAUUAUCAAACGCCAACGCCAUCUAGUGAACUUAUAAUGUGACGAUUUUCAAUCUCGAUCAAUGAAGAGUAAAAACUCUUGCUGAUAAAUACUUACAAUAGGUUCUAUCGUAUAUGGAAGUCUAUCCGACCAUAUUAUUUAUAAACUGGACAGUUGGAUCUAUUUUUUAAAGCUACAAGUUAUACGUGUACAGUCGACAACAAAGAUGUCAAUACAACCAUCGUGCAAAAAAUAUGUAUACACGACCUUAAUGUACAGACAAUUAAGUCCUUUAUAAGUAUGUAUUUUUGGCACUUCAAACGUAUGUAUAUUUUUAUUGCUGACUGUAGAUACAGUGAGCUGCUAAAUUGCAUGGAGAAAUUAUGAGUUCAUUGAUAAAUUCGCCAUGCACUUUUGCAGCUAACUGUACCUUCUUUUUUUAUUAUAAAUGGGCUUACUCUUGACCACAGACUAGCCAAAGGCAAAGACGUG